ACCGCUUUCGAGGAUUUUUCAUUGUUUUUUUCCCCCCAUGCGCGCCAGGUGGCGACACCUUUUUCCGCCAUGAAAAAUGUAAUCAAUUUCAGACACCGGCAUCGACAACAAUUUUAAUCACCGAUCCGUUCUAUACCGUUUCCGGCGAUGUCCACGGGGAACAGCAAGAUCUACAGGAAGAUCAAGAAGAUCAACGAGAAGGACAAACGCAUGGCGCAAUUGGAGAAAGAGAUCGCGAGAUUGGAGAACGAGAACUCGAAAUUAAAACGCGACAGUAUCGGAUACGAGAGUCGGUUGGCCGCUUUCAGUGGCGCGACACGCAUCGCCAAUGAAUUUCCUUCGUUAAAUCGCAGCCUGCAGCCUGAAACGAGCAAACGCGUUUCUUUGCAAAAGACGGAGAAUGAGGAUGACGAGGAGGAUGCUGUUCAGGCAUCGAGAUCGAAGAACAUAUCGGACGAGGGGACGAAGGCCAAGAAGAAAAUACGUAUGAAAUUGUUGAAAAGCUCGAAGAAGAAGGAUACCAAGAAAUGAGGAAGAAUUGUUGUUCUCCGUGGACUCGCAUUUCUCUUUACACAAAAUUCUACAUAUAAAGGGGAUCAACAUGACGUUGACACGAUUCGAGAGAGCGACACAUCGAAUUAUCGACAGGGGACAUAUUCACGCGAUGGACUUCAAUCUUCGACCGAUCAAACUUUGAAAUCAUGUAUCAAAUUUAAAUCUGAAAAUUUUUGUCGAUAUAGAAACGACGGAAGGCGAUGCCAACUCAAUUAAUACCAUGUCCGCAAAAGCAAGUGAUUAGAAAGUAUAUUCGAAAUGUACCGUGUCCUCAGAAAAAUGGAAAGCGGGUGACGUGCCCAGAAGCUAAAAAAUUAGCAAGGCAAGAGAUCUCUCCCUCGAAACGAUCUCCAGUGAAAUAUCCGCAAGUGACGGCAUGCGUGUCGAAACAAUUGUCGAAAUGUAUUCCGAAAACGUGUCCGGAGAGGGAGCGUAAAAUUUCGACUAUAGGAUGCCCGAAAUGCGAGAGCAAUCGUAUUCAAAAGUUGGAAUGCGAAGUGUACCAAUUGCGGAAAGAGAUCGAAUACAUGAAGAACGAGCGAAAAGAGGCCGAGAAGGCGAUCCAGAAGGCGAUUCUUCGGAGCGCGUGCGCUAUCGGUGGCUUCAAGCCCAUAAUACAGGGAUCGAUCGAGAAACUUUUAGACGUUUGCAACAGGGCUGGAUCAUCCCAAUCUAUGUCCUCGAUCACUUUCUGCGCUAGCAAAUCGCCCACGAUCCACACGUGCACCAACAAAUCGUCGAGGAGAAGGGAUAUCAAUUAUUGCGAAAAUUAUUAAAAAUUAUCCUCGUGAUCUCGAUUUUGCAUUCCGUCGAAAAAAAUUCCAUGUGUACCUUUUAGAAUGGUGUAAGCGCCGUCUGCAAUAAACACAACCACGAUGCGCCGGAUU